UAUACAUACACAUCUCCAGCUUGAAAAAGAUGGGAAACUUUACAUCUAACAACCCCAAUUACUCGGUGCUCAACUUAACCCAACAACAAGAUGUUCGAAUUGCAGAGCUGACGGCUUCAAGCCUUAGCGUCCUGGGGUCGGGAUCCAUAAUCAUAGCAGUUAUCUUGAAGAGGAAAGUCUUGAAUCCUGAAGUGUAUCCACUAUUCCAUCUCUCCCUUGCUGACUUGUUAGCCUCCAUUUUUGUCAUCGUCAGUCUCAUUAUAUUUGGUCAGUCAUCUGAAGUCAUCCAACCUUCUGCAGCAUGCGCCUGGACCUCCAGUUUAGCUUGGGGCUUAUACCUAACCACCUUUUUCCUCACACUAAUCUACGCGUUUGAAGCUUACCGGAGAACUAUCGACCAACUUGCCCAACUCGUAUCGCCUUACUACAGCAAAGAGCCAACGUACAGUUGUACUCCAUGGUACCUUCCUGUAGCUUACACCCUAGCAUGGAUUAUGCCCAUAUUGUCGGUUGGAGUAUAUCACGCCACGCAGCAAAGGGAAACACAGGUUUUGAACGUAUGCAAAAAUUAUAACUACGAAUGUCUCGUAAUAUUCCAUCGGAAGAACGACCCUUGUCUAGAUAGGAGUGAUACCGGCGUUGGAGGGCGCCUUGCGAUGAAAUCAUCCUUCAUUGCAGUGUUCUUCCUAUGUAGCAUUGGAAUCACAGUGUUUUAUUACCUGACACAUAAAGCAGUCACGGAUAGCCAACACUCCUCAGGUGUUGUCAGUCACAAACAGUAUGAGGCGGCCAAGCGUAUCAGGAACCGAGGCAUUCUCUACAGCGCUGUCUUCAUAAUUUGUUGGCUGCCAGCUUCCAUCGUCGGUAUUAUCACAUACACCGAAGUUGCCAAGACAGAGAACCUAAUCGUUCUGUUUAUGAUGCAAGGCUGCAUCGCUAAUCUUCAAGGUUUUCUGAACUGCCUCAUUUACGGCUGGAUUCGGGGUGGCUUCAAGAGCGCUCUUAACUUGUACAAUGUGCGGGGAAGUUGUGAGUCCUUCAGCCAUCGGAACAAGAGGAAGAAGCACUCACUGAUGAACUACCAGACCUUCCACGUACACACGGACGACGAGUAUGACACACUAAGCGACCCAGAAAUCAACAAGUCUCGGCGACCCUCGCCAGCUGAAGAGGCUUUUGCAAUGUAAAUAAUUAUUACGGGACCCACUGUGUAAAGACAUCGAUUAUCUUUCCUUGCAGCAUAGCGGUAUAGCUGUUGUCGUGCAUGAAGUGUGUGAAUGGUUGUACAUCGUUAUUAUCACAAUUACACUACCACUUGAAUCUCUGUUCUCUUAUGUCUUAUGAAAGGAAAGGUUUGCCAGUUUUACUGGAAAAUCUCAAUUAUUGCAAACUACAAGAAAAUAUUUUGUAUCAGAGCUACAAGUCACGCGGCUUCCGUCGAUAUUUCCUUACGUCGAUAGUUCCCUAACUUGACGCACUUCGACGUUUACUUGACUUUCCUCAUCCAGGCUUGCCAAACCUCUUUGUUGAAAACUUUAAAUACAUUUGAUUAAUGAAAUUUCCUUCAUGAUACAGGCUUUCGAAGCCUUGUUAACACUUUAAGUGUCAAUAUAUUUUGUCCUAAAUUAAACAACGGCGGCGUCCGGAUAUUGGGCAAGAAUUCAGUUGAGUGUCCCUAACACUUAUAAAAUGUAAAUUCCCCAUUCAAAUUUAAGAAGCUUUUUACGUCGACAAUUUCAGGUAAAUAAAAAAUUCCACUCACAUAUCCAACUACAAGUUAAAAUUCAAUGUUGUAUUUUAAGCGCACUUUAAAAGAGUUCUUUUUGCAUUUCGGGAAAAAUCGGCAAAUGGGCCAAAAUGAAAUUUUAUUAGAUUAAAUGUUAUCUUUUGUGAAUUUGGGGUAAAAUAUUGCCCCAAUAAGACAUUAAAGGGAAAGCUCGCCCCGUUAGCGGUAGUACGUUAGUGCUAAGUCUUUUUUUAAUAACAGUUGCUUUAGUCAAUGGGAUACUAUUGAAAUAGUUGGGAAAUUUCUGACUUGUACAGCUACCAUGUGAAAAAGGGCACUCUGAGAAGGGUACUUAAUGGAAAGAGGACACUUGUUAUGGAAUGGGGAUGGAUGGGCAAAUGCCAUAUUAUUGACUAAUCCGAUGAUUUUUUACCGUUGUACAAGUUUUUCUUGUCCUAAUUGUCUUUAUUCAUACUUUUUGGCUGUUGUUAUUGAAAGACCGAAAUAAAAACACACAAAAAAUCCGUCGUUCUCCUGAAAUAUAAAUUAGGCAUCAGCAAUUGUGCUAUGGGUGACAAAGCCGUGCUUUUAAACGCAACUUUCGAUGGCGGAGUACGUCAUUAAUAACAUUUUUUUAUUCAAGGCCCACCCCAGACUGUCUGGCUGGCACCACAAUGUUUGUUUAUAAAAGAAAUGCCAUUCAUUUCUGGGGGUUUUGCAACAGGAAAUCAGUCAUACUGUCAUUGUUAAAUUUUAGAUUUCUGUCAGAAACUCUUGUGUUGAGCCCAUAUUUAGACACAAUGUAAAAAGACUGUGCUCCUCAAACAUUGUUAUUUUGCCAAAUCUCAAUGUAGUAUUUAUUGAUCUGACACAUCAUUCAUGAGAGUUUGCUCAAACAUUUGUCUAGACCCAUUUAUUUGUACGGAAUAAAAACAACAAAAUAGUACUCUAUGCAAUGUUAACCAUGCCUGGAUUUUGCUUAGAUAACGGUUACGAUGCGACGGACAAUGGGGCUCUAGCUUGUCGAUGCCUUUCUAUACAUGUACAUGCUUGUGUUCAAGCUGAACCAGUCUGUAAGACCCCCGUAGCCAAAACCAUCAUUCACACCGCAGUGCGUAUUUGGAAUAGUCUCCCAGAAGGUAUAGUUUGAGAGUUUCUUGACUACGACUAUUGAUCCUUGAAGAGAAAAAUGCAUCAUCACCUCCCUGUGUAGCUUACUCCAUGUUCUAAGCUGCUGCAAACCGUUCAUUGGCUCAUGAUGGCUUCAUUGUUGUGCUUUAUUGCAUGUACACGUUUUCAGUAGACAUUUCCAAUGGCCCCUGUAGUGUUGGAAACAUUUUGUUGGGUUUUGGACGGAUCGGAUCAACAUAAAACUGGGGUAGUUUUUCACUAGCGUUUGACCUGAUAACCAUUUCCAUUUGUUGUUGAGUUUUGCUAGAGAUGCAUGGUUUAAUUAGUAGAUAAAAUUACUAGAGUUUGUUUUCAAGAAACAUAGGAAAAAGCCUAUCAUGAGCAUCACAGCUGUUGUAAAAGGGUUGCGAGUUCCUUGUUGGGACUAAAGUGGUGGUUUGUGUCAGUGCACAUGAACAGUUACAGCAGGUUUUUUUUACCACUAUACGGACAUUACGCGAAUCCCGAAAGAAUGCAGGAGAGCUAGGCAGAAAACAUGUAAAGGAGGAAAUAUACAGUGUACUUGUAAUUAGCACUGAUAAUGUGAAAUCGAUGACCCAUAUUAACUGGAACAGUUUGAUUUCCUAAAAAAUUACACUUUGUCCAAAUUAGGUAAAACAUUUCUCUUAUGUAAUGACUUAUUACACGGACAAGUAUGUACCAUAACUUUGUCGGGAACUGUAUUUGCUUUAUGAAGAAUUUUAGUACAUUUAAUAAUUCUCUUUGUUACUAGAUGAAUUAAAUGAAGCAAUAACCUCCAAAGCAAGAACAUGUGAGCAAUUGACUUUGUUUAUGAACACACGCUCUCUCAAAAUUACACUUUGUCCAAAUUAGGUAAAACAUUUCUCUUAUGUAAUGACUUAUUACACGGACAAGUAUGUACCAUAACUUUGUCGGGAACUGUAUUUGCUUUAUGAAGAAUUUUAGUACAUUUAAUAAUUCUCUUUGUUACUAGAUGAAUUAAAUGAAGCAAUAACCUCCAAAGCAAGAACAUGUGAGCGAUUGACUUUGUUUAUGAACACACGCUCUUACCCACUUGACUUAAUUGCGGUGCAAGUUGCAAUAAACUGAAAUGAUG